CCAGUCCUAGACAGUAACUAGUUGGCGGGAAAGAGGACGAGCAGGUAAGCUGAAUGGUGAGCGUGGCUUUUAUUAUGUUAUUACAGAGUAAAGCCAAAUAAUCACAUUUAUAUCAUAAAUCGAAUGUCACAAUGUCUCUGCACAAAAUCUAAACCUUGACAACUACAUAUUUUUAAUAAGUUUGGAUAUUAAACCAAAAAUGGAUAGUAUUAUUAUUAUUAUUAUUCACCAGGACCCAGGCAAUAGCCACAAUAAGUUCUUCAUACUGUUAUCCUAAGUGCAGCUGAGUCUCCCUGGAUAGAAUAGGCAAUAGUAUUAUUAGUAUUAACAUUUACAUAGCACAAACUUAUUCCACUGCACUUUACAAUAUUAUUAAGGGGGGAUUUAACAACAAAUGAGACAAACUGUUCCAAAGUUUGACAGAAACAAGAGGUUAAUUAAUUUUAAAUCUAUGUUUCGUCCUGGCCAAUAGAGACCCUGGGAUACUACACAAAUGAGUCAAUGGUAUUAAUCACUGAGACUUAAAAUAAACAUUGUUAAAAUACAGACAGGUUUUAACAUUUAAAAAAAAAAAAGCUUUUACCGGUAUUUUGUUGCACGAUUUAAAAGUACAUUUUUAAUUUUAGGGUACACUAAGCGCAAUGCUUUUUAUUUUCUUAUGAAUAAAAUUAAAGGGACACUCUAAGCACCAUAACCUCUACAUUUUGCUUUAGUGGUUAUGGUGAAAGUUGUCCCACGGCAAGCUGUCAAAUCAUCCUAGUGCUGAUAGGUGCCUCUGGUCUUUCUUUAGACAUUAUUCAUUAACCAAAGGUUUAUUCAGUAAUCCAUCAAAUAAUAGUAACUUGAACCAAGAAUUGUAAAAUUUUGACUAAAAUAGCCAAACUGUGACUAUAGCUGAUAUGGGGGAUGAUUCCAAAACCGCAAUUUGAGCUUACAUUUUCGAAUUUGGGUUUGAUCUAACUUCAUUUUAUGCAGAAUUUUAAAAUUGGGCUAAUAUUGCCAAACUGCAUUAAAAAUGUCAGAUUCAGUUUUUCACUUAUGCAAUUUCGUUUGCAAUUCUGUUCUGCAAUAUAAUAUGGAACAUGUUCGUGAAAGGGAUAACAAUCCAGCUAUUUGUGCUAGAUUUAAACCAGAUUGAGCAGAGUGGUAUUCACCAUGUUUCUGUUGGCACUUUGUCAAUUCAUUUCUGUUAAUUGACCAUUAAUUGCUGAAAAAUAUGAAUGGUUUCAUUGAACCCAAUAAUAACCAAAUCUUCUACAUUUCAUCCAAUUAACAAUGGAUGCAAGGUUUAAUUUAGUUUUUUUGUUGUUGUUUUGUUUUUUAAAUGUAAGAAACAUUUUUGUGUGGAUAUAUCCAGGGCAGCACUACAGAUGGAUGUUGCUAGUCCUCCUAAAUUGGACAGAACCACAUCCUAAUUAAACAGUAAGAGAUUUUAUUCAUUUUAACUCCCCAUUUACAUGUAUAACACAUGAUAAGCCACUCUCACACACUCGCAUUAUAAUACCUCUCUAUAAUAGUUAUCUGUGUUGGUGAUUUGAGAAGAGGAGUUUUGAGAGUCUGCAGAAAGUAUGUCCUUUGUAUGUAGUGUGGAAACAAGUUUUCUCUGCUCACUCCAGUAACUGAAAUAUCUACAGUGCCUGCAUUCUGUCGGAACGAUGUGAUAUUGAGUUGUCCCUUUCACCUGUUAUAUCAAGAAAAUGCAGUGUGUGUAUAAAGGUUAAACAUUCUGUAAAAUAAUAAAUUAAAAAGUGCUGUGUGGUGGACUUUGAAGAUACCUUUAGGUUAUAAAGCCCCUUCCCAAGGUAGCCAACCACUGUGAUCAAAACAUUAGUAAAGUACAAUUCCUAAAUUAAUGAAGAACAUGCAUGAGAGCUACUCUUCAUCAACUUUGGAAAAUUAUAUUACAAGAUACAAGAAGUAUUUGUAAUCACAGUACAUUUCUAUAGAAUGAGCAAUGAACCCCUCACCUAAUGGUUUUGUCUACUUAUUCAUUUUGUAGAUGUGGGAUCAAAGCACAUAGCGGUUUGAGCACAUAUCAGGACGAACCCUGCUUCUUUCAUGAUGGAGAAUGAUUUAGCUCUCUCUGAUCAGGGCUCAGAUGCUGGCAGUGAAGAAGUUCUGACACCUGCAGAGCUGAUUAACAAGUUGGAGGAGGUGAGAUGUUCUGCAUGGAAUAAAAACAGUGUAUUGACGUGAUGUGUCUGUGCAACUCCAUUGUUUUUGGUUUCUUGGAGUGAUGUUGUUGAGAUGUUUAAUAAUGCGAAACAGAGGAAUCAAAACAUUACCUAUUAGGGUAGCAAAAUUAAUAGUAUACACAUUCAUCAUCUCUAAUUGAUAAAUGAAUGUCUAAGUCACCAAGUAAAGUCAGUCCAUUUCCAGACAGAAUGUGCAGAGCUGCAGAAUCUACUGGCUCAUUGUAACAAGAAAAAUAUGAGUAGACAUGUACUAAAUGACAAACUUUGGGACUGAUCAUUAAUGUUUAUAACUUACAUUAUUUUAAGACAAAUAUGCUACCGUACUUAAAAUAUUUUUGACAAUAAUGUUUAAAUUAAAAAUACAUUUGUUAUAAUAGACAUUCCUCAUGAAUUCCUAUAAAGAGAAGACAAACAAUAAACUGAUAUUUAUAAAAGCAUAUGGUCAACUCACAUUAUAAUGUCAGAUAUCAGAAGAAACAAGACUCUUUUACUGGCGAAUCACUAUGUUUUAUUUAGUUCUCAGUGUGAAAUCAGGUAGACACCUGCAAGUCCAAUUCUUCAAAGCAAAUGUUGAUUUAUCUAUAAAAGAACUGUUUGAACUUUUGUUGAUCAGUUUUUGGUUUUUUUUUUGGACUUUUAUGAAUUAUUUAAAUAUAAUUUGGAAGCAAUUAAUUUGCAAUAAAUGUAUAAAUAUAUUAUUUAUCUGAAUUCUAGGUCAUUUAUGCGCGUAUGCUUCUUUCCUUGCAGGUAUUACCAAUUUCAUAGUAGUGCAUGAAACACUGAAUAUUUUGUGCUGCCUCGCAACUGUUUUGUGUAUUCUUCAUACAUUUUGGUUAUGAGCUGCCAACCACUAAUUGUACAACUGUGUCUCACCUCUUCUCAUGGAAGAGAGAGAUGUGCAUAUGCACAACUUGGACAGGUCUCACACCACAGAGGGGGAUUUCCCUUUUAAUGUUUAACCCCUUAAGGACACAACUUCUGGAAUAAAAGGGAAUCAUGACGGAACAUGUUUCCUUAAGGGGUUAAGUAACGGGGGUCAUGCUCUUAAGUAAAUUAACCCCUUAAGGACACACGACAUGUGUGACAUGUCAUAAUUCCCUUUUAUUCCAGAAGUUUGGUCCUUAAGGGGUUAAAAAAAAAUAAACACAUAUGAAUUGUUUUGCUGAUCUGCUGUUUGCUAUUUUCUGCAAAAAGGCAGGACUCUCUCUGCUCCCACAGAUUUUGCAGGUUUACUCUUGUAUAUGAGGCAGCAGAGUAUGAAUGGAUAAAGUUGUCCUGAGGGAAAUGGACUAUGCAUUGCCCUGUGCAGUAUACAGAUAUGUUUUGCUAUAAGGCAAUAAUAAAGUGUAAGAUGUAUUUAUUUUAUUUUUAAUUGAUGGGUCAGAUAUGGCAAUAAGCAUGGCUGGACAAAAGGUAGAUCCAAAGAUAUUACAUUACUACAGCUGCCAUGAUGCAUUGCCAACCUUUAGAAUAGGGAAUACAUAUAUACAGAAUAUUACAUUUGGGAAUCUACCCAGAAUAGUGUACGUGAAAUUUGAGUUAAUAUGGCAGCCAGUUGCAUUUGAAUGCUUGUAAUGUGCAGUAGGUUAUGUAUAAUUCAGUGUCAAGUAUAGUAGUUUGCUGUGUGAGUGCCUGUAGACAGGAUAUAGGAGGAAACCUUUACAAAUAUGUCCAAUAGUGUCCAAUUCAUUCAUGAAUUUAGUAUUACGGUAAGAUUUCUUACAUUGCUUACAGUUGUUAGUUGCUGUGUUCUCCAGUUAUUAUUGUCAUUCAUGCCUGACUUAUCACAUGUAAAGCUGGGGAAUAACAUUAUACUGAACAUUUUGUCUUAAAGUCUUUCAUCGUUAAUUUAACAUUUUUUGUGUCCCACUAUGUCUGCCACCGUUCAUUGUGUUUAGACUGGUGUGUCCCACCAUUGUGUACUGUGUCAGACAGGUUCUGUUACUAUUUUGUGGUAAAAAGCAAUACAUGUGAGUGAAUAUAUUUAUGUACAGCCAUUUAUUAUGAAUGUGUGUAUUGUAGAUUCUGUUCUUGUGUAAUGAUGCAGUGCACAAACUUUGUGUAUAUGUGUAGCAAGAUAAAGGAACCAACUUCUUCCCCUGUUCUUCUUUGUCUAACAGGCAUGGCUUAAUGAAAAGUUUGCACCGGAGCUCUUGGAGAGCAAAUCUGAAAUUAUUGAAUGUGUAAUGGAGCAGUUGAACCAUAUGGUAACUUUCUUUCCUGGUCUAUUCACUACUAUUCAGUACCUUGGUGGUAAUGACUUGAAAGCUGUCCUGGACUGACUUUCAACUUGUUUAAUGCCUAUAUUUAUACAGGAGCAGAACUUGCAGAGGGCAAGGGCUGGCGACCUAAAGAUCAGCUUCCACCACAUGGAAAUUGAGAGGAUCCGAUACAUGCUUAGCAGUUACCUUCGAAGCCGCUUGAUCAAGGUAAUUUGUCCAUUUCUGGUAACUGAGCGGAGCUUGUGAGUACUGCAUUUUACAGGAUGGUUUUUCAAUGCCAAAAAUAUAUCAUGUCUAAAAAUAUAUAUCCACUAUUCAAAUAUUUUGAAAAUAUUAAAUUCUAUUAAAAGCGUAUACAAAAUAUAUGAAUAUACAAAAUCAUUUGAAAAGCUUAUUCAAAAAUAUUAAAGGACCACUAUAGGCACCCAGACCACUUCAGCUCAAUUAAGUGGUCUGGGUGCCAGGUCCAUCUAGGGUUAACCCUGCAGCUGUAAACAUAGCCGUUUCAGAGAAACGGCUAUGUUUACAUCAGGGUUAAUCCAGCCUCUAGUGGCUGUCUCAUUGACAGCUGCUAGAGGCGCUUCUCACUGUGAAAAUCACAGUGAGAAGACGCUGACUUCCAUAGGAAAUACAAUAAAAGUGUAUUCUAGGGAAUAUACUUCCCCAGUGUAACUCUAUUAGAGUGAUAUUACCAUAUGAUGAACUUGGUUGGAAUGAUAUUUAAAAUAGCAGAAAAACAGAAAACAACAUACUGUGAACUGUACAAGAAUAGUAAGUGUUAAAUAGAUGUCAAACUCCCACUCACAUUCUCCAGAGCCGUGCCAGGCUCUGUAUAUCAGGCUCGCAGGUGCCAAUACUGGCUAGCGAUCUCCCUGGUUCGAGCAGAAGAUGCAGAUGGGGCUCCAGCAUAUGUAUAAAAAGUAUUUAUUGAAAAAUAUAUAAAUAACAUUACAUUGAGAAAUGCUUUCCUGUGGACUGAUUGAAUGUGUGCGCGUCUCUUGCCGCGCAUGCACAUUCAGCGCUGACACCGGAAGAGGGAGUAGAUUUCCUCAGCGCCAAGGGAGAAAAGUAAGUGUUUAACCCCUUCAGCCCGGACCCUGAGGGUGGGAGGGGACCUAAAGACCCUAUAGUGCCAGGAAAACAAGUUUAUUUUCCUAGCACUAUAGUGGUCCUUUAAAACAAGACCACUAAAGGCAGCUUAUAUAACUGAACUUCAGUCCUGGCCUCUUGCAGUAAUCAUUGGUGCUUAGCUCUGUAUAAUGGCUACUGAAGCCAUAUGAGUGAUUUACUGAUCACUCUUGUAAGUUGCAGCUAAAUUGUUUGAAUGUUUAUUACUUAAUAUAACGAACUGUGCUUCUGUUUGUCCUUUCACUUUAUUUAAAGAUUGAGAAAUUCUUCCCCCAUGUCUUGGAGAAAGAGAAGACUCGAGGGGAGGGAGAGCCUCCAUGUUUGUCACCUGAAGAGUUUGCUUUUGCCAAAGAGUGAGUUUUUCCGAAGUCUUAUAGUAGGUGAAAUGUACAUGUGAAUUUUUUCACCAUUUUCUACUAACACACACACACGACAAUUAGUAUAUUAAGACAUUUUUCUAUUUACAAUGAGGGACAGUUUAAAGAAAUAUAUGAAUUACAGAGCUUUCUCUACAAGUAACCCACAGAAUGUAUGUCUCAAUUACUCAAUAGGAUGAUAUAAUAUGUUGUGUUAUAUUUGUACUUAUGCUGUAGCGGCCUGCAUCCAACCCAGACUGUGAAUUAUCAAAGCCCAAGGAGAUAUUGUGGCUUUUACUAAAGCUAAACAAAAAACAGACUGAUAUAUACUACUGGGAAUCUCUACAUCAUUUAAUUGAGACUAGUGUGAGAAAUGGUCUUCCUUGUUGUGUGUAUGUGUGUGUGUGUAUAUGUGUGUGUAUAUAUAUAUAUAUAUAUAUAUAUAUAUAUAUAUAUAUAUAUAUAUAUAUAUAUAUAUAUAUAUAUAUAUAUAUAUAUAUAAAAUUUCCUAGGAAUGUGUUGAUUAAAAGGGACAACUGUGUCAGUAAGUCAGUCACCUGUAAUACUCGUUUUCCUGGCUCUAUAGGGUCUCUAGGUCCCUCCCACCCUCAGGGCCCCCCUCCCGCCGUGCUCUAGGGGGUGGAAGGAGUUAAAUUUACCUCUUUUUUCCAGCGCCAAGCGGGGGACUCUCCUCCUCCUUCUCGCAUCAUCAGCUGAAUGCGCAUGCGCGGCAUGAGCCGCGUGCGCAUUCAGCCAGUCCAUAGGAAAGCAUUUUCAAUGCUUUCCUAUGGACGCUGGUGUCUUCUCACUGUGGAAAUCACAGUGAGAAGCGCAGAAGUGCCUCUAGUGGCUGUAAAUGCGACAACCACUAGAGGCUGGAUUAACCCUAUUAUAAACAUAGCAGUUUCUCUGAAACUGCUAUGUUUAUAGAAGAAAGGGUUAAUCCUAGCUGGACCUGGCACCCAGACCACUUCAUUAAGCUGAAGUGGUCUGGGUGCCUAUAGCAGUCAUUUAAACUGACCAGAUAGCAAUUCUUGGUUUGUGCACAAAAGGCAUACGUGUUGUCCUAAAUUUCUUACACAAGGAUUAUUGUUAUUCCAAACAGAGAGAUGCUAUGCAGCAUAAAGUUUCUAACAGAAUGCCAAACGCAUAUGUGUCCCAUCUCUAUAGAUACACGGCAAACACAGAAACCUUAUUAAAGAGUGUGGCUCUUCGACACAUGCCACCAAAUCUGCAGGCUGUGGAUCUUGUUAAAUUGGGUAAGUGGAUCAAAAGGAAUGGAAUUAAAAACAGCAAGGAUAAAAAUGGAAACUAUAUUGUCAUUUUGUCUUCUAUUUGUAGUCCCAAAGCCAAACCUAGAUUCCUUUGUGUUCCUGAAAGUUAAAGAACAUCAGGAAAACAUCUUGGUUGAACCAGAGUCAGAUGAACAAAGGUACGAGUUGUGUAUUUUUUCUCUGACAAACAGUCAUUCUUCCAUCAUACACAGCCAUAUCUGUACUGGUCAUAUGGACACUCUCAGCCACAGUUCCCAAUUUCCUCUUACACUACCUACUUUACAUGAGAUUUAUAUCCCUCAUUACUAUAUCCAUACUCCAUGUACACCCAACACCCUUACAUUCGUCAGUCUUUCUUCAUCCCAACCCUCUGUCAUUGAAGGGAAUUUGUUCUCUUAACAAACUUUAUUCCUGGAAACAUUAUGUCCAUCGUAACCCCUACUAUUGCAUGUCACUAGGGAUAGACUGUGAAUAAUAAUAAUAAUAAUAAUGAUAAUAAAAAUUUUUUAAAAAAGAAUCAAAACAUAUUAUUUCUGUACAAUCAAAUCUCUGAUUGAACGUGGGCUUUAUGCUGCCCUAGUAUAAAAGAAUGCAUGUCUUUCCAAUACCUAUUCCCAAGGCUCAAACACUUUAUCAAAAAUCCAUCUCUAUUAGGCAGCCAAUCAUAUUGUAGACAGUCAUUAUUUUAUGCUGCUUCCAUUUUCCAAAUGGAAAUCCUAUAUAUUAUUUUUGUUGUGAUUUGCAUUAACCUCUUCAACUUUAAAAAAAAAAAAAAAAAAAUGUUAUUUUAUAUAUUUCAUGUUUUAAUGUCCUGCAUGACCUUUUUAUAUGCAGAUUUUUGAUGUACGUAAGAGAAGCUUCUCAGUCUUUCUUUUGAACACGUUUACUAAAUAAAAUAAAAAAUAUAUAAACAGUGUGACAUUUGCAAACUAUUUCUGGUACAUGCCAAGAUACACACAAUCCAUAUAUAUAUAUAUAUAUAUAUAUAUAUAUAUAUAUAUAUAUAAUAUACACACACACACACUAUUUUCCUUAACUAUGCAUACUUUAUACAUGCUCCAUCCAUCUAUUAAAGGUUCAUUAUAAACACAGCUGCCCACUACACCAGCAAUGGUGCGAGUAAGCUGUCCCCCAUUCUGUGUUAAGUUGUUUUCAGGUGGUUUAACACAAACAUAGGGUCCCAUUGGUUUAUUGCUAUUUCAGACUUUCUACUUCUGCAUUAGCAAUAUCAAUCCAUAUUUAGGAUCUGUGUGUAACUUCAACAUUAGUAGUAUGCUGCAUCAGGGCUUGGCCAUGAGAAUCCAGGGGACCCUCUGUUUUUUUCAGAUGGUUUGACAUAGAGUCAAGGAACAGUGGAAAGAGCAUGGUGGCAUCACAACUGCUAUAGCACCCUAGACCUGUUAUGGUGCUUGGAGUGCUCUUUUAACCCCUUAACGACCGCUGACGGUUCAGGAUAUUUUUAUAAAUAUUACUUUUGAAUAUGAAAAUCUAUCUAAAGUUAGCCUCCUAUUUAAGAUACCUUCUAGUUCAAACAUUAUUCAGCAUGAAAUAGGGAUUAGUUAUAUAGCAUGUGGCUGUGUAAUCAUGCAAUAUUCAAAUUUUUCCUAACUAAUUCCAUUAAUCCAAGUUAAUUAAACUUUAAUCUGCGAACAUGCACUUUUUUUCACAGCAAAAUAUAUUAGAAUAUAAACAUACAAAGUUCAGAAAAGGCUUGGAGUCUGUAUGUGCAGCUUUUCAAUCUGAAACUCUGCACAUACUGAAAUAAUUUUAAUCGGGGUCAGAGGUAUGACUCCACCUCCAGCAGUGUCAUUAAUACGUUAGUAGCCAGUCUGGAAUGAGAGAUCCAGGCUGGCUAAUGUCAGUUAUGUGCAUAUUCAUGCACAUUUAUGGCUGAGAGCAUUCCGUUAACGUUAUCAGCCAAUGAAUGAUCCGGUGGGAUUGGCAUCUGGCUUCUGCACCUCUGCAAAAGCUGGAUGUUCAUCACCCAGCAUCAAAAAAGGUUUGGUGUCUGGUGUGUAGCCCAGGUAAGAGGGCAAACAUUGCAGUUCACUUUUUUUUUUGAGAGUAUAUUUAGUUUAACCACUUUAGUAAACACAGAUGUUAAAACAAAUACAAAAACAAGUAUGCUAUAUUGCUUAUCCCAGCAACAAACGCAAGUAACCCAAAGCAGAGACACCAACCCCAGCACACCGACGCCACCGGGCCAUCGACACCCAAAAUAGCGGACGCUACACGGGCCCAAGCACCCCAGCUCUACCUGCUCCCACUAUCGGUUAGGCCGGACCGACUUCUGGCGGAUUUCUGGGCCAAGAUAGACAGCCGCAGCGGCGCCCCAGAGGGGGUCACAUCGACACCAACUCCAAGAAAUCGCACAACAAAGCCCACAGUACUAACUCAGACCCAGAGAAGGACCUAGAAAGUAGGGGGGACGGAGGCGGGGGGACCCUGUGCCGGCUCCAAAGCCCCAACUCUAGACCAUAAGGGAGCAGCCCAAACCCUCAACAAGGGCUCGCCCCGGGACACCCCCUUCAGCACAAUCGGCAACAAAGGGCUCCACAAACAGUGGGCGACCACUCACCCCGGCAGACACCGCCCAGCACUCGGUGGCAGCCAACAGCCCCACCAGAGGACGGAGCUGUGGGACGGCGGCGGAGGGCUCAGCACUCCUCUCUCUCAUGCACAAUAGUAAAGCAGAGGGGACCUAUGAAGCCACGACCCCCUCAGACACCCACCGAAAUAGAGGUGACCCUGCACCGCCCACGCAGUCCAGCAGCCCGGCGACAAGGGGACUCGCUCAGUCAUUGCACCUCAACGCGGCAACCCUGGUACCUGCAGAAGGGAUGCUCCCAGCCCCAACGAGGCAUAGGGUGAACCCUACAGGGCAAUUUAAAACACUGGUUUCCUAACCGGGAGACCCCACAAGCACACUGAGCCAUAGCAAAGAACCCAGGAUGAAUCUGGAGACAUGUUUCUCACCUUGCUGGCCAGCUUGAAGAGGGACCUAUACCUGGGAGACCCCAGUGGACUUUAGUAUAGUAUCGGUUUUACUAUGAUACAAUUUGUUUGAUUGCCGUAUUACUUUAAUGCUCAUCAUUACGCAGUUUAUUCCAGGCACCAGCGCAUCCACACUAUACAACUAAUCUCUGAGUCCGCCAAGUUAUUGUUGGACACCAUCUAAAUCUAAGUAACAACCAUCCACUCUCUCUUGGAUUAUAAUUAUCAAUAUUGCAUGACCAAAAGAGUUAAUGCCAGUCAAGCAUGUUACGCAGUGACCGUUACUAAACCUGUCUCUGACCAUGUCAUCAUGGUUCUGACACCUACAGGCAUAUUGACAAAGCUGUAAGCAUUUUAGAUGUUUUUCAUUGUGCUGCAGGUUCUAAUUCAACACAUAUUGCCCUCUGCUUGCCUCCCUAUACUUGUUUAAUAUGUUCUUAUUCUUUUGCCUCACGCUGCCCUGGAUGCAUCUAACAGUAAAUGUCCCUUGAUAACAAGUUUUAAAUUCAUGAAAAAGACCAGCUCCAGCGGUCUAGGCAGCGAUGACUAGCUAGCUAGGCUAUGUAUGAUCACCUUUGGUUACUUCUAUGUUUUUACGAAAUGUUUGCUAGCUUACUGUAAUGGGAAUAUUAGUAUUAGCCAACACACAGUCAUGCGAAGCUUAUGCUGGCUCCCCAAACGCCUGCAUGGGCUGUCAUACCAUUACAUACAUCUUACUGUUAUCUCAUGAACUGCAAUACAUAAAUACUAUAAAAUGAGGCUGCUAUCUUCAGGAAAUGUUGAACCGUGCUGUGAUAUCCCUAUACUGUGCAACUCUUGUUCAUUUCCCCUUCUUCAUUCUGUACCGUACAAAACAUAUGCCUCAAUAAAAUAAAGAAUUAAAAAAAACAAAAACAACUUAAAUUGUUCUCCAAAUAUGAGUGAUUAACUUAUUAAACUGGAGUGCAUUUUACAAUGAUUUUAUCAUCUUUUUAUUUCUAAUGGUUUAUAACAAAAUGAGUUCUGAUAUAACUGUUAAACUAAUCUUAAAAGUUAUUACUCUAAAUAUAUGGGGGAGGGGGAGACUGUAAUGUUUUACAUUGCAUGGUUAAAUUUAAAAGGACCACUGCAUCCGGACCACUUCAUGUCAAUGUAGUGUUCAGGAUGACUGUAGUGAGCCUUUAACAAACAGCGCACACAUAAAAAAAGUUUAAAUUCUUACAAAGUUACUUAUAACACCUUUCAUAGCAAACAAAUAUGGGGAACUGUUCUUUUUUUUUCUUGUGUCAUAUGAUGACAACAAGCGUGUAGAUCCACAACAGCAUCUACAAGCAUUGUCAAGGCAUUUCAGAGUGUGGCAGUUUAAUCAGCAAAUUUUUUGUAUAAUCAUGAAAAUAACAAGCUAAUAGACAUUGCUUAUAUGGUAUUUUGUGCUAGGGUAAUUAUGCCGUUAACAAAACUAGUCGCGCUUUAGGUUAUAAGCGUGUGGCUUGUAUAUAGUGCGACAUACAUGCCCUAUAUGUAUAGUGGUGAGAGUGGCAGGUUGUUAGGCUAGUAACGGUAGCUUUAUACUAUGUACAGUAAGAGUAUUAAACGAUAUGCUUUGUCAGGGGGCGCAGUGUGCACUUAAAUUUUUCACCAAACACACAUCUUGCUAGAAAUAUAAACUAAGUUAUAAAAAGAGAAGAGUCAGUAGGACAAUAUCAUACAAUACACUGAGAGUCCAUGUUGUUAUGCAGAAACCUUCUCCAGUGCUUGGGAGUGGUAGCUAGGCCUCAGUCCGGAGGGUUAUCCAUAGUCAGCCGAUGCCUGCUCUGCUGAGCCGCUGGCAUUGUGUGUAGGUCCCUUGGGUCAAGGUUCCCCCUCUUGUGGGUCGUGGAGAGGCCCUCCGCUUGUUGCGCCCGCCGGUUACCUUCCUCGCUGUAUCCCGGUCAGCAUUGCGACUGGCAUCAUGGAUUCUUGUGUGCGGGGUUGCGCUUUGCUUGUUAGAGAUUGCUGGGGCAGUUGAGAGGCACGCGGGUCAGACAUGCUGGUGGGUUCUGCUCUGGAGCGUGGGGACGCGAAUGCUUACAUCCAAUGAUUUUGGCGCCGUUUCCUGCACUGUUGAUUUUCUGCUUUGUUCCUGUCGGGGAGCCGCUCCGGAGCCACGAGGGGGAUUCUCACCCAAGUGGCACUGGGUUGCUGGGCGGAUCCAAGCCGCCACCUCUUUCAUCGCCAGCUUGAAGGCCUGUCUCCGGAUUUUGUGCUGGGUCCAGAGGCUGGCACAGAGCCGGUCAUAGAACUCCCAUGUGUGCUUGGGAGGGUUAGUGAGUGUGCGCUUUCUCGUGGGCUGCGUCUGUGCCGCCAUCUUGGUUGGGCCUUGACACUCCCGUUUGGCUUUUGGCUUUGUCCAUUGGCCAGGUGUUGCUGCAGGGGUAGUAGUCUCCAGCGAGGACCGGGAUAUCCCCCGCCGGUCCAGAGGGAGGGGAAGCAGGGUUGUAGUGUGUUCUUUAGAGCGCGGCCCGCGGCGGGGGAGCAGCGCUUUUGAGCGCGGCCCGCGCCAGGGGAUCGACCUCGGGCCCUGCUCUGGUUUAGGCCGCAUGGCCGGCGUGGAGUUUUUCGCAGCGUAUCGGUGAUGGGCAGGUACCAUUCUGUGUCUCUUGUUGGUUUGAGUCGGUCCCCAGACACCGUGUGCCGCCAGUGUAAGCAGUUCUGUCGAUAUUGUCAGGAUUGUGCCUGUUAUUGCAGGAGCUCUUAGAGUGUGCGACCGGCCAUCUUGGCGGUCAGGCCCCGCCCCCGGGGAACUGUUCUUUAAUAUGUCUUUACAGCAGUACCACUGCUGAGAAUUGCAUGUUCUGGAUGUGCCUGCCAAUAUAUUUGGAAUCCAGACCUUUUUUUUUGGGGGGUGAGCACCCCUCCACUCUAGGUUCCCCAAUUAGAGGUGACAACACGAAAGCAUACAUUUGAGGAGUCUCUUUGUAAGCAGUUUAAGCAGUAUUGCAAUUAGCAUGUUUAUCUCCCUUGUUAAAAUUAUCUUAGGAUCCACUUAUAUUGGGAUACUGUGAUGUUAGUGGUGGGCUUAAUAUGGUAUAGUCAUAUAGUGUAACCAAAUCCCCAUAUCGUUUGCUAAGAGAGGUGGUUUUAAGUAACUUUGUAAGAUUUAAAAUCAUUUGUGUGUGUUUGUGCACUGUCCUUUAAUCUAUUACAUAUUGGUUUUUACAUUAGCACCACUUUACUUUUUAAAGCUGGUUCUCUUCCUUGCUCUUUAAUUUCAUUGCCCUUUUUGUUUUGUUUAAAUAAAGAAGCCUGUUCAAAACUUCAGUUUACCUAAUACAUCACCUUUAUUUGUUACCUUCUAUCAGUGCACCACUUUACACACAAUUUCUCUCUAUUCCAGUGAGUAUGCCAUAGACAUGGAAGUUGGAUCCCAGCAUCUCAUCCGCUACCGCACAAUAGCCCCACUUGUGGCCUCUGGAGCUGUGAAUCUCAUUUGACUUUGUAUGCUGUACAAAACUAUAAAACCAGCAGGGGGCAGCAGAGUAACAUACUUGGAUUGUUGGCCACUACAUCUGUUGUACUGCAUAAAACCGACAUACUGUGCAUACAAAAGGAAAGUAAUGACCGUGUCAUUCACAAUCUUGCUGUAUAAUUCAGCACUUCAUGUUCUGCUAACACGUAUAAAGAGUUCAACGGGUUUGGAGUCACUGAAUUUUAUAAAUACUGGGAAAUUACUGCUUUUUACAUUGAAUAAUACAAAGGCUGGCAUAGUAAUCUCCAAAGAUAUCACCCAGGCUUGGAUAAUGUGCUUCCUUAUUUUAUUGGAUAUGUGAAAGACUUGAGACGGUAUCAGUAACCAGAAUGUUAAGUUCCAAACAGUCAUGGUAGCCCAUUGCUUACCGGAUUACUGUCCUACAAUAAACUUGCAAGUUGAUCUGUGUGUCACCGGUAGAAUCAUUUCACAUAUUCAUCAAUAAAUAGACAAUUUAUCUUCACAGGAAACGAAUGCUUCAGCAGAUUAUGUGGACUUAAAAAGCAGAUGGAUGAAGAAAAAUACAAUCGAAAAAUGUAGAUUUUGUCAUCAGUCUUUGAAUGAAUUUCUGAAAGAUGAUGUAAACAAUAUUUCCUGUUAUAGAUUAAAAACACAGCACAAAGCUCAUAAAUGAUCACUUCUAUUUAAUAUUUAAGUAUGUGUGUAUAUUGUUGUCAAACUUGAGUCAGCCUACCAUAUCUUCGUACGAAAACAAGAAAUGUGUCCAUGUUUCUCGUUGCAUUAGAUCUGUAUUAUUUCCUAAAUAAUUGCCCAUUUUCUUUGGAUAAAUAUAAUUUUUGCAGUUAUAUUUGUAUUGAAUACUAACUGUUCAUUUGGUGACAGUUGUAGAUUUCUCCUUUUAUCUUUUUAUCUACUAAUUUUACAUUGUCAGUUAUAUCGUUAAACCCUGGCAGUCACCAAUCCUUUAAAAUGUUUUAUUCUCUGUAAUUGACUCGUACAUUAUAUUUUGAGAGGGUGAGUGAUUAUUGGCAUGCACACACUUUGUAUUCACUGACAUUGUAGAUCCACACCUCCAUGCUAAAGCCAUUAAGGUAUAAGCCAAACACUUCAGAUAUCUGUCUUUUGAUCUAUGCAUGUGAAGUUAGUGUAAAAUACCCAGUAGUAUAAAUCAAAAUGCAUGCAUCCUGCAAGGCACCUCUGCCUUUUCUGCAUGACAAAUGUGCUUAAUUUUAUUUUUUCUUCUUACUGGGUCUUUUUCUCUGAAGAACCAUUAAAUUAAUGAAGGUCAUUGACUUAAUGAGUAAACGAACUGUACCCUCCCCGUUUAAUUUAACAAUAAGAAGGCAAUUUUCCCUGAAGGCUUUAGCUUUGUAUACAAUGCAGUAUUUAAUGCUCAAACAAAAACAUGAUUUAGGUGUCUCUCACUCUGUCUGUCUAACCCAGUCUCCUGUUACUCUCACUCCUAGCACUGCACAUUAAAAAGGUCUACAAACAUAAAUCUGAGAACAAUUGUUAAAUCUCUGGAGAAUGCAAUUGUGUCGAUUAACCAGGGGAGGGGGUUACUUUUUUUUUAAUUGUAACUUAUUUUUUGCUUAAAACACAUUUUAUUUUGCAUCUGGAGAUUUGUAAUAAAUCCAGUUUUUGGCUUAAUAACAGUGCAUUGCCACUUGUUUUAGUAUUGGUGUUUAAUACAAACAGGUGAUGCCUGCAAAAAUAUAAAUUACUAAUGGGCAAUAUAAGUAAAAUGUGAAAGAUACUGCUGUAUCAAAUAUAUGAAGAUUAAACAAUGUCACUUGUAAUUAAAAUGUAUAUGAUAUACUGUAAACAGGGAUAAAGGCUGAUCACUCACACUGCCAAUGGAAUCUGAGCACUAAACAUUGAGCUACUAGGUUAUGUGUUCUUUUUCCCCUUACACUUAUUCUGACAAAGAGAGAGGAACUGAUCUCCAUGGAAGGGCAAUCUAGUAUAAUUACUAAUACAAAAGAAAAAGCUUAACAAGUUUGAUUUAUUCACCGAACACAGAGUUCUAGUGAACUGAAAGCUGAAUUGCAAAAUUUAGGCUAAAAUAGCUGAAUCAGAAAAAUCCUCCAACACCGCUGUUAUCUCAUCUUGGCUAAUUUUGCCAUUUGGAUUUUACAGUUCAUUGUUUAGCAAAGGAAUGCCUGCUGUGUUUCAUUAGAGAUCCCUCUUGCUCACAAAUGGGCCAAUCUUAUUUCAGACUUAUCGAUGUGUUUUACAUUCCUGAUUGUUGCAUAUAAGGGUGCAGUUUCUGGACUUGUCUUUAACGUCACUUGUAGUGUAGCAAUUCUUCUUAAAUACACCAAAUUUCACCAAAGUGUGGCUAUAAACUUAUUUUUUUAUUUAAUUCAUGAUCAGCCUGGUAAUGUUUAGCUGGGUUUACUUCAGCACUGUACGUAGGAGAUUCAGUAUAGUAGGUGAUUGAUUAUACUCUCCAAGUAAUUGGCAGUUAUUCUUAGUGGCACAAACAUGUUGGCCUUCCCACCUGAUACUUUAACAUGCAACCCAGUGUAUAUGGAGUAUGAAAUAUUUUAGGAAUAGGGACAAAUGCACAUCACAAGGCCAUUAAGGGUGUCAGAUUUUCUGUUAACCCCUUUACGGUAGGACAUCAGGUGAAGGGAUAAGAGAGAGUCCAAGGCUUCAUAUAGGUCAUAAGGUGGUCCACCAGCAUCAACUAAUUCCAUAUAUUUCAUACCAGAGGAUGUUUAAAGGAGAGGGUUAGGAAAGAACGUCUUAGAACUCUCCAUUAUCAACCCACAGAGUGAUGUGUAUUGGAUGUGGCAGUACCAGGUUAUACUGCCAGGUACCCCUAAGCUAAUAAUUGAUUCUGGUAACACCAGUUUGAAUUUUACUUUCCUCUUGCCCAGUGGAUAGAGUAAAAUGUUGAACUAUUCUUUGUUGGUGGGUGUAGGUGUACCCACUGUUGAUUUCUGUUUUUAAUGCAAAUAGUAUGGGGAAUUAAUAACUGAUGUAUUUAGCCUUUGUUCAGGGCAAAAUCAGUUUGGCUCCGUUUCGGUGCUGUUUAAUUUGACUGUUGGCAAAUAUAAUUAAUUUUGGCCAUAAUGGAAGAAACCAAAUUUGUGGGCUAACUUUGAUGAUGAAAAUUAAUUUGCUUGUAAAUGACCCCAUACUUAAUUAUGCAGUAUUUUGCAUUGACACACCCUCCAAGCCUAUUCUAACAUUUCCUCACAACAUGUUAGUUUCACUGUAAUUUAGAAAAGAACUCUUAAUACUUGUGGUUCCAUAACAAUUGGGAGGCUACUUGUGGGCCAGCCUAGAAUUUCUAUUGUUUUUUUUUUUCAAGUCAAGUAAAAGGCUUAAAUAUGUGUCUGCUGAUGGCUUCUAGAUUAUUAUUUUUUCUAACCAUGUACGAUUGUUGAUAAAAAUUACAUCUAAAUUCCUUGUUUUGUUUGUCAAAAUUAAUACAAAUUAAGAUAAUGUUAGGGCUGUGGGGGAAAAAAGUCCAGCUGUAGCCCAUACUUGUCGGUAAUAGAAGCAGGCUGAAUGUUUCAUAUAGUAAUAACAUUGUGUAACUAGUAGAGCUGGAUGUAAGGCUGGCCACAGUGCGGGAAGGUACAUUGCUCUGUUUUAAUGUCUGAAUUAUGGUGAAACUAGCAUGCUGUGAGGAGAAACUAGUUGGAUUGCAAUAUACCCCAUAGAGUUGUUUAUUCUCCGUUCUAUUACAGCACCAAAUUUAGCUCUACAAAUUCACUUUUGGGUCGAACUGUUGAUAUCCAACUGAAUUCGGGUGUGUGUGAGACCAAAAAUCAUACUGUCCAUACAAUAAAAAAUUUUUAAAAGCUGAUAACUUGUCUUCUAUGCAGACAAUAAUAUAUGAUCUAUUUUGGAGGUUAUGUCAUCAUUGUGGAAGUUAUCUCCAUAUUAUUGUUAUUUAUAUUCAACAACAUAUUUGUCAGUGCUGUAAAAUAGACAAGUACAAAAGUUGUUGAGAAUACUACUCAAACAAGGUUGAUGGCGUUGUCCAAAGGCAAUCUCUCAGUUUCUUAGUAUCGGCUUUCCCAUCCAUUCUGUUUAGAUCUCAGGGACUUCCUUAUGUCCAGGCUGAUCUAAGGUUUAAAAAUAAUAUAUAUAUAUAUAAUAUGUGACUGCCAACUAGGAUAUUCUUUUGGAUCAUAAGGCACAUAGCUGAAAUUAAACCAUUUAUAACCAAAAAUUGUGUAUAAUGUUUUGUGGCUAAUGGUCAUGGUCUGUAAUUCUGUGUGAACUUUUUCUUUCAUAUGGUCCUCUUAUUUGAAAUAUAAAGACAGCUAUGUGAAUGAUUGGUCUCUCUACAUUCCUGUGAAGUAGCCCUUCAUUUUCAUCUCUCUAAUGUCUGACCUCUUUCUAAUUUUGUUGGUCAUGUAAUUGAUCUUUGUAAUACUGUAUCUUAAAACAUGGCAUCUAUUUGAUGAUUUACUGUUUUUGAUUGGUUGUUGUUUUUUUGCAGUUGUGAUUUUGUACAUUCCUUUUGAUGCCUGUCAAAGAUAUACUGUACUUUUUUUUUUGUUUUGUUUUUUUUGUUGUUGUUCGGGAUGCUGUAAUACAGAAUUACAGAGGGUUAAAAUACAGAUGAAAUAAAUAUAUAAACUGUAUAAAAAAAAAUUAGAAUAAUAGGAGUUAACGUGAUGAUAUGUAUUGCGAGAGUUAUGCAUGUCCAUUUCCUUUUCUUUUUCUGUUCACCUUAUGUUUUUGUUUUGUGUUAUGUUUACAAUGUGGCAAAUAGUGUGAG